GUUCGCGAAACCAGUUUCUUUCGAUCGAGGUGAUGGCGGACGUGAAGAUGGGGGAGACGGAGGCCUUCGCGUUCCAGGCGGAGAUCAACCAGUUGCUGAGUCUCAUCAUCAACACCUUCUACUCCAACAAGGAGAUCUUCCUGCGCGAGCUGAUUAGCAACGCCUCGGAUGCACUCGAUAAGAUCCGGUUCGAGGGUCUCACCGACAAGAGCAAGCUGGACGCCCAGCCAGAGCUCUUCAUCCGCCUCGUGCCUGACAAGGCGAACAAGACGGUUUCCAUCAUCGACAGCGGCAUCGGCAUGACCAAAGCUGAUCUGGUGAACAAUUUGGGCACUAUCGCACGGUCUGGCACCAAGGAGUUCAUGGAGGCACUAAACCUAUUCCAACUCGCGUUGUCUCCCUCCCUCAAGCGCGUCGCUUCCCUCCCGUUGCCUCCCUCAUCGCCCGGCCUCCCUCCAGCGCCUCCUCCAGCGCCGACCUCCAGCGCUGACUCCAGCAGCGCCGCCUCCAGCACUGACUCCAGCAACGCCGCCUCCCGCGUCGACUCUAGUAGCGCCGCCUCCCUCUAG